UGACAAUGAAUUAUUAACCGUCAUGACUUCUGGAGAAAACUACGAAAAUACGAAUAUUGGUAUUUUUAACAACGUAGACGACUACAGUCAGAAAACGAAAGAAGAAUUCUGGCGAUUUGUGUACUCUGAUUGGUUGCUAUUUCCCCGAGAUGGCUGGCAGACAUGUUAUAUCCAAACUAAUGGAGAGACGAUUACGAGUACUUGUAGACAUGGACCAAACCAUUGCUGACUUUGAGGGGUAUUUUCUGACAAUGUACACAAAAACAUUCCCUGAAGAACCGUAUAUAAACUUGGAAGAUCGACGCACAUUUUAUUUGGGAGACCAGUACGAAAAACUGAAGAACGGAUUAAAGCUAGACACUGUGGUGGAUGGCACUCAACCAUGGCGUUCGGACGUAGCUAGUAUGAUCCUGAGAGAUGUGGCCACCACCAGCUCCGAAGUUGGAAUACGUCCGUCGCGGUCAGUCUCUGGAGACCUACUUCAUUUUGGCCGGAAGUCUCUCGGUUCAUGUAACUGUGGGAUAGGUGUUUCCAAGAAUGUCCUGUACCGCCAGAAAAAAGCAAAGUCCAUAUAUGAAGCUGAAGGUUUUUUCUGUGACCUUCCUGCACUGCCAGGGGCUUGUGACGCCAUAAAGAUGAUGGACUCCAUGGAAGGGUGUGUAAAAAACGUCUAUCAUGAGAUUUACUACAGUUUAGUAUAGGACUCCAUGGAAGGGUGUAUACAAAACCUCUAUCAAAAGAUUAACUACAGUUUAGUAUAGGACUCCAUGGAAGGGUGUGUACAAA